AUGGCAGGACGGAUGCUUUAUUUACUGGCCGGCGUGAGUCUGGGUGCCUGCAGCACCCUCAACGCAUCCGCUGCGUUCAAUCCAGGAGAUAUCUAUGUGAGCCCCGGGGUAUCGUCUGCCUGCGAGCAGCUCUAUCACUCCUAUCCUGCCGAAGUUCUUUCGCCUUCGUCCUCCAAUUAUACGGCGGAAACGAAGCUGUUCUGGGACGUUCGAUCUGAUCUGUCUCCUGCCUGUAUCUUCCAACCGCGCAACGCCGACGAGGUGGCCGAUGGAGUCAGAGUAAUUUCUGACAACGAUGCGCCGUUUGCUAUUCGGGGAGGGGGGCAUAUGAAUUUCCCCGGAUCCAACAAUAUCGAUGGCGGGGUUUUGAUCACACUCAACAAAUUACGUGAAUACAAAGUCCACAAUAAUACAAUUGAAGUCGGCCCAGGACUGAAGUGGAUUGAUGUGAUUAGGGCUCUGGAUCCGCAUGGCCGUGUUGCCAUCGGGGGGCGACUGAAGAAUAUUGGCGUGCCAGGUCUGACUUUGAUCGGCGGCGUGCAUUAUUUCAUCAACAAAUAUGGAUUUGCCAUGGACAAUGUCGAGCGCUAUGAUGUUGUACUCGGAAAUGGCACUCAAGUCAUUGCUGAUGCCGACACCAACCGCGAUCUGUUCUGGGCCUUGAAGGGAGGUGCGAAUAACUUCGGCCUGGUGACCAAGUUUACCCUGAAGACGUACCCUAUUCCUAAGAUCAGUACUACUAUUCAAGCGUUUGAGGAGGACAGUAUAUAUGACUUUAUCAAGGCAGCGAUGGACAUGAGCCGUCUCGACGAGACUGAAUCUAUUGCUGCCGGAAGCGUGCUUACAGUCCAAUAUAACGCUACCACGAAGGCAGUUUCAGCCUCACUGUUGGGAGUACAAGAAGGGGCCAGUAACCCUCCAUCGCAGUUUGCUAAUUUUACAGCCAUUGAUGGACCUACAAAAGUGCAUAAUGUCACCACGUUGCGCUGGUGGACCGAGGACAAGAUCACUCCCAACCAGAUGUUCCGAGUUGCUUUUACGAUGCAUUCUAUAGUCCCUGAUGCAGAUCGGGUCUAUGAGAUGUACCAAGCAUGGAAAGACGGCGUUGAUACCCUCGCCGAUGUCCAAGGGCUGUACCCAACAUUCGUAAUCAAUCUGUGUCCUGCUGGUGCUGUCCGCGCAGGAAAAGCCACCGCGGUAGGUAAUACAUGGUAUCUACCCAUUGAGCCUACAAUAUGGUGGCAAUUCAGCACCGGCUGGGACCAUGCCCAAGACGACCUUCGCGUGACGACUUGGUCCCGGAACUUGGGCGAGAGUCUUCACGAGGAGAACCGCCGACUGUCGCUGGCUAGAGAACACAUCUACAUGGGCGACGCUGGGGAGUUCCAGGAUGCGUUUGCUACUUUUCCGCCGGAGAACAUCGCGCGAAUGAAGGAGAUAAGGAGCGCGGUUGAUCCGAACGGCGUCUUUAGCCGGCUGAACUGGGGUGGAUUUAAGCUAGGUCAAUAA